AUGAAGCAGGGAACAGGUCGCUCAUCUUGUGUGUUUACGAGGUGUUCGUUGGCUGAGUUAUGGUUCACCAUGACGGCCCGGGCAACGAGCACUGGCGUAACUCAAUCAUUUGACGAGGUGGAGCUUUCGUUGCAUGGAGACAACGAAGAGUUGAUUCCCUGGGCGUUGUGUAGAGCCAGUCAGUUCCAUCACUCACUAGGGCCAGUACUCAUUCGACAGUCUAGUUACAAGAAUGCGCUUACUUGUGAAACGGAUUGGUGCAAUAACACAUUCGUUGCGUGCGUGGCUGAACGACUGAGUGAUAAAGCUACGGUGGAAACAGCAUGUAGACUCCGGGACAGGAUUACAGAUGAAUACAAACAGCAAAUCCAAAAGUAUAAGAACAUCAUUCUGUCGCUUCAGUCGAACCCUCAACUGCAGAAAAACCUGCAGAAUAAGUCCGUUCAGGAAGGUGAUGAACUCUCUGACAAGGAUGACGCCAAAAAGGAUGACGCCAAGAAGGAUGACGCCAAAAAGGAUGACGAGCCAUCUAGCAAGGAUGACGCUAAAAGAGAUGACGAGCUAGCUGAGAAGGAUGGCGCUAAAAAGGAUGACGAACUUGCCAAGAAGGAUGACGAACCUGCUAAGAAGGAUGACGAACCUGCUAAGAAGGAUGACGAGGAACAGUCAGAAGAGGAGAAGUCCAAAGACCUUAUUGUCGAACUGCAGACUAAAAUAGAGGAAUUAGAGGACCUGGUUGUUAGUAGUAGGGAAAAGUGUGAGGAUCUUUCAGCUUCUGAUUUAAAGAUGGCAUAUCGUUUAUAUCAAUAUCAAAUUGAUUUGGGUACAGUCUUAGGUUAUUUGAACUUGAAGUCGGAUGAGCUUAAAGAAGCAUUUGACAAGAAAUUGGAGGAAGUGGAGGAUGAUGUGGCAGAGGAUAACACCUUUAAGAGUGAUGAGGAAAAUUCAAAGCAGAAAAUUGUUAGUUUAUACUCAACAGUAAAAUGGAGCCUGGAUGAUAUGAUAGCAGUGGGUGUAGCAAAGAAAAUGGUAGAAAGGUUAAUGGAUAAGACCGAGGUAGAAGCCGCAGCGGCAGACGACAAGCCUGUAGAGGCUGAUGCCAAGGCUGCAGAGUCUGAUGCUAAGCCUGUAGAGUCUGGUGCUAAGCCUGUAGAGUCUGAUGCUAAGCCUGUAGAGUCUGAUGCUAAGCCUGUAGAGUCUGAUGCUAAGCCUGUAGAGUCUGGUGCCAUCUCUGCCUCUGCGGAGAACGUAGCUGGCAGCGAGUGUGGUGGGAAGGAUGAUGUGAAGGACGACGCGGAAGACAUAGUGUAUGUUCGUUACGAUUUUCAGGGUCGUGCUAAGACGGCCAACUUGCCUGUACCUCAGUUUAAUAUAUACAAGUGGUUCCACGCUUGGAAAAAUGGUUCCGUAAUGGCAAUGGAUAGCUACGGUCGAAUUUCAGCGGAAAGAUUUAAGGAGCUACAUGACAAGUUCCAGGAGAGUCAAGGCACGUUAUUGCCGACCAUGUCCUACGGUGUUUGGUCAGUAGAUUAUCCCACUUUCACUCGAGCCCUUCAAGAAUCUCGAGCGGCUUUGCGAAAUGGGCAGCAACAUCCACUUACAAAGAUCACCAAACAUCAAACCAUCUCAAACUCGCCCAAUGACCACAAGUUCCAAAUGUAUGCCGCUUCACUUAUCAGACAAGAUAAGGCCGCUGCCGAUAUCGGAGAAGAUGAACGUCAACAGAAUGACUCUAAAGAAGUUGAGGAAUAUAAGAAGAGGAAGGCGGAGUCCGAUGAGUAG